GUCAUUAAUCAAGAGCAAGGAUUCUAUCACUGGUAUCAGUGUAUAAUAAUAACAAUAACUGCGCUACUUGUCAACGUAUUUAAUUUGUGAAUUGUGUUUACACCCCAUUUGUAAAUUACACCGCCGCAUCUGCCCUCUAGUGUCUGAAUCGCGAAUAAAAAGAUUACUGGCAAGUAGGUAAAAAAAUGGAUAGUAUGACUAUCGCCUCCAGUGCAUUUCUCAUACUUUCCAAUUUAAUUUAACCUCAAAAUGGACGGUUUAUUUGAAAAAUACACAGGAAUAACAAUAAAAGGUGCCGAAGACAAUGUUGCGGAGAUAUUCUCACAAUUUUACGCAAUUGACCAACACGCGAAAUUAUGGCUCCGCACUCUUUUGCAAAGUUCACAAUUAAAAGAUGACACGAAGAGCAUUGCACUAAGACUCGAAGGCAACAAGUACUAUGCAGAGAAGAACUUCCGAAAGGCUUUCAGGUGUUACACGAAAGCCCUUUGCUUCGCACGCAACGAUCUCGGUUUUAUAACCGCUAAUCGAUCUGCAUUAUUUUAUAUGACCGGACAUUAUGAGGAUUGCUUAAGCGAUAUUGCUUUCGCCUUUAAACACGAUCUACCGGAUCAUAUCAAACUAAAACUGUUAAUCCGCCGCAUUAAAUGUUUAGCUAUUUUACAUUUGGAUGUGAAAAAUGCCGUAGACGAGGCCGUAGACUUUACUUCCACUCGUGAAGACAAAGUGAAAGAGGAAAUCUUGAAAGCUUCCCUUAGCAAGGGGAGCACGGAACCGAAACCUGCCGCCAAAGUGCCUUCACUAAAAGAUGCUGAGAUUAAUUGUAAUUUUUUAUCCGCAUCUUCUGCUGUAUCGCUUAGGUAUGAUGAGAUUCGCGGCCGCCAUGUUGUUGCUAACAAAAGGUUGAAGCCUGGCGAUAUUUUGUUUGUUGAAAAACCAUUCGUUUUCGCGCCAGUUUUUAAUGAUGACAAAGAGUUAUCGUUAACAAGGUGUUAUAAUUGUUUAAAGUUGAUCUACAGCUCGAUACCAUGUCAAACAUGCGUUGUAUGUGUAUUUUGCAAUGAGGAAUGUCGUGAAAGCUCCUGGCAAGAAUUCCAUCAAUGGGAGUGCUGCGGUAUGCGUGCCGAUUUAUGGUAUCACCUUGGUAUUGGGUUUCCAGCUGUCAGAGCUCUUUUUAAAGGGUUGCCACAUGGACUACGCGCAUUAAGUAGCUCCUAUGAGGACACUGCAAAGUUUGGAGACCCCUUUGAUAACUAUCCUUAUUUUGAUAAAUUAAUAUCCAAUUUAUCAAAGAUGGACAAUAUUCUACCAUUGAUAGUUACUGCGUGUGUGAUUGUGCUAUACUUAGAGGAUUAUACCGGUUAUUUAAAGGGUAUGAGUAAACAGACUGAGUUUGUGUGCAGUUUGGGCGGUCGUCUUGUCAAACACAUGGCGCAAUUGCAAUGUAACUCAAGUCUAAUAUGCACCAAACUUAACACGGAUAAGUUCUUUGCAUCAGAAGAUUCUAGCUUGGCUUGUGGAAUUUACCCAAGUGUUAGUAUGAUGAAUCACUCCUGCAAAUCCAACAUAACAAUUGAGUAGGUAUCAAUGGUUAUACAGGGUGUGCAAUGAAGUGCGUAAGUUUUUGUUAAGGUGUUUAAAACUACCCAGAAGUAAAUUUGAUACAAUUCUUGAAUUGAUUUUACAGGGUGCUCUAACAAAAAUGAAAAAAUUAAU